AUGAGUAACGGUGUUCAAUCAUGCAAUGGAGGGUUGCAGCUUAGCAAUGAUGUGAAGGAGAAUGAUAAUGGGGAUGUUGACCUUGUUGAGGAAUUUGAUUCUUAUUGGCAAGAUAUCAGUUACCGGUUGACCGUGUCUAGGGUGGUGAGUGACACAGUCAUCAAGGGUAUGGUACAAGAGGCAGCAGAGAAAAUUGCUGAAAAAGAACUAGAGGUGACUAAAUUGAAAGAAAUGUUAAAUGUUUACCAUGUGGGUGUUGAAAAUGAAUUCUUGGCGUCUUUAGCAAUGCGCCAGGAGUCAAACAGACUUAUUAAACAAGGUACCAAAGACAAGAUGCAUCCUAGCUCUCUUGAAGCUAUUUUAGAGUACGAUAGAAUAGAACAAUCUUUGAGCAGCUUAAGAGGAGCAACUAAAGAGGAGUUUAAGAAGCUCGAGGCAGAAAUUGAUAGCAUAAGAGGCAGCUCAGUUAAGAUAAUUUCUGAGUUGUUGGGUUUGAGUGACAUACAGCAAGAUAAAGUUUCUGACAGAUGGGGAAUUGGUGUAGAUAGGACGCUUAAUUGUCUAAAGAAUGCAAUAGAAACUGGCUUUCAACGGGUGGAACAAAUGGUUCGCUUGUCAAAGGCUGAUGUACAUGAGUGGCAACAGGAACAGGAGUUUAAAGCAGAAAUUGAAGCAUUUGUGAUGAGGAAUGGCAUUUGGAGAUUCGAAGAAAAAAUUUGGGACCAGUUUUAUAGUGAUAAAAAUGUCAAUGGACAUGGAAGGAUGAAAGAGAGGAUAUCAGGUUUACGUCAGGAAUUGGACGCCAUUUCUAAAUCACUAUCUGUUUCUGACUUUGGGCAGCUAUCUUCUCAUGGAUCCUUGGAAGGUGAUGAAGAAAGUAAUAAUUUUAAGAAGGGAGACCAUCCCCACCGGAAGGUUUUGAACGAUCUUAAAUCAUCAUCUCCAUCUCCAGCAACAUCACCACCAACAUCAACAUCAUCAGCAUCAUCAUCAGCAUCUAGUUGGGAAAAAAAUGGCACGCAAGAUAAGUCAGAAAUAAAUAUGUCAAUAGAAGAAUUGAUAAAUUAUUAUAAUACUGAGAUGACUGAGUUGAAGAGAAAUCAUGAGUCUAAAGUGCAGGAUAUGACUGAACAACUAUUCAGCCACAUGAGGGAAUUGUUGAAAGAACGGGGAUCUUCUUUGCCAUCAAAGAAGAAUAAGGAGUUUGACAUGCUGAGGAGGAGAAUAUCUGAGGUUAUUUCUAAAUUAGAUGACAUUCUUGUCGAAAAUGAGCAAAAAGCCACAUUUGGUAUCGAUGAAGAAAGUCUUAGCCGUUUGAAAGACGGACUGGAAUCACUCCUUUCAGAAAACGCCCAGCUCAGAGAUUUGCUCACAGAUAAGAAGAGGGAAAUUAAGUGCCUUUCACUGCAAGUUUCUGAAGCUGCAGAGAAAAUGUCAGAGCACAAUGGUGAAUCUUCUGAAGCAAAGGAGCGAUUGGAACAAGAUGCAGCAGCUGCCUUGGAAAAGGAAAAGGAGCGAUAUGAAUUAGCUGCUCAAGAGCUUGAAAAUUUAAGGGGCCAGCUCAGAGAUUUGCUCACAGAUAAGAAGAGGGAAAUUAAGUGCCUUUCACUACAAGUUUCUGAAGCUGCAGAGAAAAUGUCAGAGCACAAUGAGCUUGAAAAUUUAAGGGGUGAAAUUGAAGAUUUGAAUAUGGAGUCCAUCAUCAUGCAAGAACUAGUUGUAGUUAUAUUCAGAGACUUGAAGGAUGCUGAGCAGAAACUCGAUAACCUGAACAUGACAUAUACCAGUGAAAAAGGACUUCGGGUUUCUUUUGAGAUGGAAAAUCUAGAAAAAGGAAAACAACUAGAAGUUGAGGUUGCAAGCAAAGAAAAGUUGAACCAAAAAAUAAUCUUUCUGGAAGAAGCAAAGGAGCGAUUGGAAGAAGAUGCUGCAGCUGCCUUGGAAAAGGAAAAGAAGCGAUAUGAAUUUGCUGCUCAAGAGCUUGAAAAUUUAAGGGGUGAAUCAAAUGCUCAUAAGGCAUAUAUUUGCGAGUUAGGUCAGAGGCUUCUUGAUGUCAACCAAGAGAAGCAGAAUGUUGUGUCUUUGUUUGAACGUAGAGUAACACGAGAUAUUUCAGGAAAAUCUUCAAGGUUGAAGAGUUUGAGAUCUCAAUUGCAUUCACUUAAACAAAAAGCUAAAGUACUUGUAAAAAGAAAGAUUCUAUACAAGCGGGGAUUUGAAAGGAAAUGUUCUGACCUUGAAAAAGCUGAAGCCGAGGUUGAUCUUUUGGGGAAGGAGGUGGACACUCUAUCGAGCCUUGUUGAAAAAAUAUACAUGGCCCUUGAUCAUUAUUCACCAAUAUUGCAACAUUAUGCUGGAAUAUCUGAGAUCUUGAAGCUCAUAAGAAGAAAAUUACGUGGAGAAACUAAAGCAGUUUGAUCUGUCUUUUGACUCGAUAAGAUGGGCUAAUCCUCGAGGUGACAAGAAUCGAAUGCAGGGUAACCAAGGUUA